ACAUUUGCGGAAGUUGUGCUUUUAUUUUGAAGGAAAUAACCGGAUGUCUUUACUGUUGUUGUAGCAGGAGCAAGCGAGGGAAGCCGCCAUCCCUCUCCAACAGCCACUUUCUACUUUACUAACAUUAUAUUGAAGGUGAAUAGAUUGGUGAAGGUGUCCUAAAAUGAUCAUCCCAAUCAGGUGCUUCACGUGUGGGAAGAUCGUGGGUAACAAGUGGGAGGCUUACCUCGGCUUACUCCAAGCAGAGUACACCGAGGGUGAUGCCCUUGAUGCCCUGGGCCUGAAGAGAUACUGCUGCCGGAGGAUGCUCCUUUCUCACGUGGAUCUUAUUGAGAAACUGUUGAACUAUGCUCCGCUGGAGAAGUGAUGUGAACUGGCCACCUUCAAGAACUGCAUGGACUUUAUGGGGCUGUGGCACAGACAGAUUAUUUUGCUGAUGUGUGACAACAAAGGAUGACCACAGUGAAGACUUUUGAAAUAUUAGUUUGUUGCAUUGAUAUUUGAUGCUGUAUUUCUUUCUAAAUAAAGGUGUUUAAUUUGACAUUAUAA